CAGAUUAGUAGUACAAGACACUACAUUGGAGAUAUCAAAUUAUACACAAGACAUGGCUAUUAUGCAAUAUCAUACACAAGUUACAUUGGAGUGUACUGGUGAAGCUCCUGAGAAUGCUACAGUUAUUAUAGAGUGUAAUGGAACUGGUGUUGUAUAUGAUGAUACUGCACUAGUGGAAUAUGCUAAACAACCAAAUAAUAUAACAGGAUCAGUACCAGUACCUCAGUAUCAACAGUGUACUCUCAGUGUUGUAUUUAGUAAUGAGGCUGGUAGUAGUGAACCAUUUAUACUAGCAUUUGAUACAACUCCUCCACUUCAUCCAUACUUUAGUUCAUCACUUCCAACAGCUUUCUGUAACACCAACUUCAGGACCAGAACAAGACUCUCCAGGAAUAAGUAUUACAUUAAUAAUAACCGUUCUCCUGUUUGUGGUUUUAGUUGGCUUAUCAUUACUUAUUGUCGUGACUCUACUAUCACUUAGGCUUUACUUGAAAAUUAAGAUUAAAAGUUAUUAUAAAAUUU